UCAUGAAGCAACGCAACUUUUCAUACAAAUACGUAGGUCGCCGAGCAACUUUGUCGGCCGUGGGCGCGCACCCUGAAUAGAUAAUAUGUUGUAAAUAAAUAAAAAAAAUAUUUUUUUUAGCUCUGUCGGUGACACUGACAGCUACAAACUGCGCAGCCAUUAAAUUAAAAUGCGAGUACAAAGCUUUUGCGUGUAAAAUGUAGUCGGUGAACCAAAAUUUGGCACUAAAAAUUGGCGGAAUAUUUGAAAUGUUAAAAAAGGGGCUCACCGGCCAAUUGUCUUAAUAAAACGCGUGCCGGUUAGCCAAAUGUUGGUACAAAAAAAGACGCGUAAUUCAAUAUGCCCCUAUAUUCUGGGUCGUUGAUUCCAUCAACGUUAAGGUUUCGAAAGGCACGCGCUUUUUUCAGACCCCCCCUCGCCGAAAAAAAACUGGUUCUUGUAUACGUUACGGAACAUAUGGAUUGCAAAGGUCUGGCGGAGAAUUGGUUGACAUUUCGGAGAUUUUUGCGACCGACUUCGGAUAAAAUCGUGGUUCACAGCUGGCAACACUGGUUGAACUUGAAUCGAGUAACGGCACGAGCAUACCAGUGAGAUUUUAAGCAAUUACACAGCAAUUUUACUGUCCCAUUUCUAUCAAAAGUUAAAUUUGACCAAAUUCACCAUGUCUGAGUUAUUCAACAUCUUUGGAGACAGCCUGACGCACCAGCCAACAAAAAAUGUGGCACGCCAACCGUUAUUCAACAUCGAGAAUAUGGGCAAAACUGUCUCAAAUGGCCCAAUCAAACCCAACGAGCCAUUGAAAAAGGGCGCCGAACCGAAGAAAACUUUCCUUUGUAACAAAGGGAAAGCCUUACAAAGCACGCCUAUGCGACAGGCUUUCACGCCGCGCGCGGUCAACGUCGGAGCCCUAAUCUACAACGACGCUGACGCUAAGUCUGACGAUGCUGUAAACUUUGAAGAGUUUGAGUUCACUAGACCUGUUUACAAAUAUGACAAUUACACUAAAGACUGGCUUGACUACCUGCCCCUGCCAGAACCGGAGCUGAAGCGGCUGUCCCUGUCUCCGCAGCGCACGCCGCCGCCCAACACGCGCCGCCCCACCCUGGACUUUGACUGCUCCUACCAGGAUGAAUUCUUCACAGAUGAUUUCUCAAAUGAAAGUAUCCCAGAUCCAAAUGACAGUGACCUGGGCUUGCCGGACAUUUAUUAAGUUGAUUUAUUAUUUGAAUUAUAGUAUUAAUGUGUAUUUUAAUAAUGAUUUUUACAUUUUUGACACAGUAUUAAAUUCAUACAACAAAAUAAGAA